CUCAUAUUGAUGUUGUUUUUUCUUCGAUUGUUUUGUUUUAGUUUCUUUUCAAUGGUUUUUAUUGAUGCUAUCAGUUGUGCUGGGGGUGAUUCCAAAUCCAGUUUAACAUUAUAGAAUUUGAUUGAGUUGGAUUCGUUUCCAUUGUUUGCUUGAGCGUGAACAAAAUUAUGUCUUCAGUUUAUGGGCAGUCUUCAUUCUCAUUUUGUGUUCUAAAAUAAAAAAUAAAACAAUUGAAAUGAUAGUCAUGUGAUCAGUUCUGUAUGUCAAAAUUGAGGCUGAUAUCUAUUGGGGACCACCAAAUAUUUUGAAAUUUACAAUCUCUUGAAGAUGAAGCGAAUGAUAUUGAAUGAUAGAUAAUAUUUGUUGAACCUGCUCCUACUUUUUCCCUUCUGAGAUCGAGUUACUUGACAAGUAUGUAUACUGACGGUUAUACUGCUCUAGUUACAAACUUAUCUUCAAGAGCAACAGAGAACGAUGUACACAAUUUUUUUGCUUAUUGUGGACCAAUUGAGCAUGUUGAAAUAAUAAGAUCUGAUGAAAAUGCAUCUACUGCAUAUGUGACUUAUCAGGAUGCCUAUGCCCUGGAAACUGCGCUAUUGCUAAAUGGAUCAAUGAUAUUGGACCAAUGUAUAUUCAUUUCACGCUAUGAAGCUUACGUAAAUGACUAUGAUAAUUGGGGCAGUCAUGUAUCAAAGCCUGAAGACAGUAUUACAAUCUCACAAGAUGAUCGCAUGGACAAGUUUGUUUCUUCCCCUGGAGAAGCACUAACUCUGGCUCAGGUGGUUGUCAAAACAAUGGUGGCUAAGGGCUAUGUGUUGGGAAAAGAUGCAUUUGUGAUGGCAAAAGCUUUUGAUGAAUCUCAUAAUGUGUCGUCUACAGCAUCAUCAAAGGUUGUUGAACUCAGCAAUAAAAUUGGCUUGACUGAUUCCAUUAAUUCAGGCAUUGAAACUUUUAAAUCUGUGGAUGAGAAGUAUCAUGUCACAGACUUCACCAAAUCAGCUGCAACAGUGACAGGGACAACAGCUAUAGUUGUUGCAUCAGUUACCGGUAAAGCUGCUGUGGCAGCUGGAAAUGCUAUAGCCAACAGUAGGUACUUUGCCAAAGGUGCUCUUUGGGUUUCAGAUAUUUUGACACGUGCCGCCAAAGCAGCUGCUGAUUUGGGUCAGAGUGAAAAGAAAUGAAACUCCAAACAAAAACUGCUGCAAAGUAUGUUGAGUUCUUGGACACAAACAAAUAGCAUCAUUUGUUUGUUGAUACUGUAUUAUCAUAAGGCAUGAACUUGCUUUACAUGCGUGGCUACUCAUCUGGUGCAAAUUGUUCAUAUCAGUAGUUUUUAAGAAUCCAUGGUAAGAAGCCACUUAUAUAUGCGUAUCGUCUUACAAAAUAUGAGAAUAUGGUACAGUUUUAAGUUUUAAGUGCCAAUUUUCUUAUUGCC